AAGUUGUGGUUUGCGGCGUCUCCGAUUCAAUGAACAGGAAAUAUGAAAAAUCAAUGAGACCGAGCAGAGAGCCGCGCGACGGCCAACUGCCUCGGCCACGGUCUCGCCCGGUUAACAGGUUGAAUUCAUUUCGAAUCAGAACCGAUCGGAUUUUAAGUCAAAGGUCGAACCCGCAGGGAGGAGCCGUGAGAAUUUAACCGUGGAAAAAGUUCGUCGGUGACCGAAUGGCCGCGAUCGAAACGAGCGGCGACGUCGUCGUCCCGCAAUUGUCCCCGCAGGACCGCUCGACGAUUCUAGCCGCGCUCGAAGAGUACACGAACGCUCUGGCCAUUUACCGCAACGUUCUGGGAAAGCCACCGGAAGAUGAUAACGACGUCGCGGACUGCGUUCUCUCCGAUACCGAGUACGUUGCACCGAUGGCCGCAUCGUCAGGGGGGGGCGGGGACUGCGACCCUGCAACAGACGUUCGGAAUUAUGACUCGGAACCGAUCGAGCAACUGAAAGAACAAGCUGCGUCUGCGAAACUUUACGAAGACAGCUGCGACGAUCUAUACGCGAGGAAAAUUAUGGAGGACCUGAAGGAGGAGAUACGCGAGAAAGGAACGUUCGAGGUAUUGACCCGGGAGGUCGAAAAAUUGCUCGGCCAGGAGAAAGCGGAGAGAGAGGAGGAGGAGGAGGGGCCGAUGCGAGAGGAGAGCGAGAGACUCGAGAAACUUGCGGAGGAGUUGCGGCAAACGAUCGGCCGGGAGAAGAUCGCGAACGGGUUGGAGGAGAAGCGGUUACCGAACGAGCUGACCGCGCGGCGAGAGACAGAGAAACGAAAAUUAAUUGCGGACGCGGAACUGGAUUAUGUUACCGCCUGGGAAGCGGCGAGAUACGAGCAGAACGCGUUGCGCGCUGCCAUGGAAAUAGAAAAGUUGGAGAAGCUAUUAAACGAGUGCCGCGUUCGCGAGGAAAACGAGGAGCGCGUUCGUAACGAGCGAACCAAGUUCUUGAUACGGGAUACCGAGGCGUUCGAGAAGAAGACGAAGGAAUGGGAGGAACGAUACGUCCGGGAGAAGGAAACGUACGAGAAGGAGAUCCGUCAGCUACGCAUCGAGAUAUCGACUCGGGAAAAAGAAUUGAAGGAACUCGAGGAAGAGUAUCGCCAUAAGCAGGAAUUCAUAGACACGUGUCUGGCGGAGAAGGAGGCGCUGCGGAGGGAGAAGGAGCGGAAGGAGCACGAGCAACGGAGCGCGAUCAGGAUCGAAGCCUGGUGGCGAGGCGUCAUGGUGCGCCGGAAGUUGGGACCGUAUCGACCCGAGGAGAAAAAGAAGAAGCGGCCCAAGACCAAGAAAUAGCUCGGCGGUCUCGGCGAGCUCCGAUCAAAACCCUCUGCUUCGCUAUAAUAUACAUAUAAUAUAGUAAAUAAAAUUGUCUUCUAUUCUA